GUCGACGAGGCCGACAUCGAGAAGACGAGAGCUUACAUGGACCCCAGGUUGAGGAACAAGUCGGCUCGCCUCCAGUUCGCGCUGAGACUAUGGGAGUCAGGCGUGCUCGGCUUCACGGACAUCUGCAAGGCGGAGAUCUCGGUCUUCUUUGUCAUGAAGAAGGUCAGCGAGGCAGGCCAGCUCAUCCUUCGCCGAGUCUGGGACCUGAGGCAGGUGAACAAGCGCUUUCAGAAGCCGCCGCGCCUCUCUCUGGGCUCUCCGAUGGCGAUGGCGGAACUGGACCUAUACGACGAGAUCACAGAGGGCAGGAUCUUGCAGUCAACGUGGGGAGACGUGCCAGAUUACUUUCACAGAUGCAAGAGCUGCAGCGAGCUGUGGCCGUGCAUGGUGUUCGGCGGCGCGACGAUCCCCCAGCUCCUGAAGGAGCUCAAGCGCCAAGGCAAGGAGAUCCCAAAGGUCCCAAAAUGGGCCCGCUACUUGUGCUUGGUGGUGAUGCUGAUGGGCUUCAGCUGGUCACCUGCGAUCUCUCGCGGUGCUCUGGAGGACCUUCUGCGCGAUCUACCCAGCUUCCCGCGGGGGGCCCAGCUGGUCCACGGGCGUGUUCCUCCCAGCCUCUCCGAGACGGCCUUCAUCUACUGGGCGUUCAUGGACGACGUCGCUUCGAUGACUCUGCGGCGGGACGAGAAGAGCGAGGUGACGGUCGAGCGCGCGACCCCCUGGUCGCGUUUCGCCCGGGGGCGAGCGAUCAGGGUCAGGGCGAACGCCGCUCUGAGGUCCUUAGCCGCGCUGGCGACGAACUCCUACCACGACCUGCGGGACUCCAGCUUCGGAUCCUCCAAGGAGUGGGACAUGGGCCACGAGCUGCCGCGCAGGAUCUCCGAGAGGGUGCUGCAGCGCCACCGGGGUGCGCACGAUCAGAAGGCGCACGACUCCGACGCCGAGUCCGCUUUCGAGCGGCUGGCCUUGCAUGCCAAGCCUGGGACCUACUUGGGCUUCAAUGUGUCAGACAAGGACAGCGACGACGUGCCGCAACGAGGGAAAGUCAUGCCCUUCGUGAGCGGCGAAGCGUCUCUGCCUCCAUCGGGGACGCAGCCAUGCGACGUGAGAAUGAUUUCACCCAAAGCGAGAUGCUAUUUCGACAGAUUCUACGAGAAGAUGCGCCUGCCGCCCAGCCAGGUCGGCGAGGCCGACAUCGAGAAGACGAGAGCCUACAUGGACCCCAGGUUGAGGAACAAGUCGGCUCGCCUCCAGUUCGCGCUGAGACUAUGGGAGUCAGGCGUGCUCGGCUUCACGGACAUCUGCAAGGCGGAGAUCUCGGUCUUCUUUGUCAUGAAGAAGGUCAGCGAGGCAGGCCAGCUCAUCCUUCGCCCAGUCUGGGACCUGAGGCAGAUGAACAAGCGCUUUCAGAAGCCGCCGCGCCUCUCUCUGGGCUCUCCGAGGGCGAUGGUGGAACUGGACCUAUACGACGAGAUCACAGAGGGCAGGAUCUUGCAGUCAACGUGGGGAGACGUGCCAGAUUACUUUCACAGAUACAAGAGCUGCAGCGAGCUGUGGCCGUACAUGGUGUUCGGCGGCGCGACGAUCCCCCAGCUCCUGAAGGAGCUCAAGCGCCAAGGCAAGGAGAUCCCAAAG